AUAGCAAACAAUUUUAUUGCAAUUCAGCAAUGAAUGAAACUGAAUCGUAGAGUACAGAAAUAGAGAAAAACGAACCAAAAUUAUUAGAAUCUAAAUAUACUAAAUUAAUACAGAUAAUACAACCACUUGAAUUCAGGUUUCGAAGAAUAGCUCAAAUGGCCGAACAACAAACAAAGAAAAAAUCCGGCAAAACGAAAACUAACGCCAUGGCGCAGGGGCCAGUUGGUGUACCAAAUGGCACGCGUAGUGAAAAUAAUACCAAAUCUACUGUGAUUUCAAAGAACUCUAGCAAUGGACCCAAGAACCAAAAUCGCAAAAAACAGGAGACAAAUGCGGCUUCAUCGGCAACGGCGAAUGCGUACGAAGCCAGUGCAGCGUCUAGAAAUGCAUCGAAACCUGCGAAGAAAGUGAACAAAACAAGUGAAAUGCUUUCGGAAAUUUCACCGGAGACGGUGAAUACAAAACUUGAUGAGGUGCUGAAAACUGUUCGUCAAUUGGACAAUACAUGUGAUUUUGGACGCUGUCGAACGAAAACAUCAUUGAUUGGCCAAGAUUGUACACUUUGUCAGCAACGUUUUUGCAUGAAACACCAACUGCCUGAGAUCCAUGGAUGUGGAGGUGCUAUUAAAAAGGAGCAACGUAACGAGUUCCUUAAACCACGUCCAACUCUCCCAAUAUCGGCAGCUUUACGUCGCAACGAACAAAAGGAUGCACACUCUCGGCUUGAACAAAAAUUAAAAGAAAUGUCACUUGCUCGUCAAAAAGCCCGAAAGUAAUAAAGAGCUAUACACGUGUUGUAUGUCGAUUGGCAAUCAACUGAUAAAAUUGAUGAAAUAUACCAAAAUCAACUUUUUUUUAUCUAAUUUUAAUAACAUUAUAAAGUUAAUGGAACAAUAAUUUAUUCCUAACAAAUUCAUGAAAUUCUGUAUAAUCUCUAAACGAAAUAUAUCCUGAAAUCAAAAGAACAAGGGAAAAAAGAUGGAUGCAGCAAACAAUGCCAGUUUGCAAGUCAAACAGUGAUUAGACCUAAAAUAAAUGAAAUAUCAAAAAGAAACAAAUUAACAAAAAAAGAGGAAGUUUUGAUAUUAAGUCGUAUAUUCUAAGCUAGCCUUGACUGAUUAAAUGUAACAAAACGCUAUUGGAUGAAAAGUAAAGGCAAAAUGCAUUCUUUAAUUAAA